ACAGGUGUCAGUUGUUCAUCUGGAAGCCACUGGGUACAUCAGAAGCGGUUCAAGCCCGACCUGAGACGAAAACUACGUUGACAAAAUCUGAGGAACGAUAUAUCUUUAAUUCAAUUUGUACUAUUAUUUGCACUGGAGAUAAGAAAACUUACAGGCAUGGACAGCAGACUAGUCCUCACUCUCCUGUUUGUGAUGCUGACUGGGUGUUUCAUGGGCACUUAUGCUCAAAAUAAUACAACCAGUGUGACUCCAGCAACCAGCACAAACACUACCAGCAGCAACACCAACACCACCUCCAACACCAACACCACAGCACCAUCCAGCAACACCAGCACAUCAGCAACAACCAGUACGAACUCAUUGGCCCCAAAUGCUACGAGCAUCACAACACCAUCCAGCAACAACACCAUCACCAAUGCCAGCAGCAACACUGGCACCAACACCACCACCCCACCACCAUCCAACACCACUGCAGCUCCAACAACACCUGCCCCACUAGUGCCUAACAGUAAUGUGACAAUUCUUAAUGCCUCUCUUACUAAAGAUAAUUGUAGCAAGACACAGCUGUGUGUUUCUCAGCCCUCUGGCUGCGACCCCUCCAGUGGGACAUGUUUCUUCCUUGGUGCCCAACGGCAGGGAGGUCAAAAUUUUAGGUUUUCACUCGCAGGAGAAUCAGACGGCUACGUUGCUCUCAUCCUGUCACGUAACACUACACAGGGAACCAAUGACACAACCUACAUCUGUGCAAAUAACAACAGUGUAGUGAAAUACAUAAGUGCUCUUCUCAACAACGGCAAGCUGACUCGCACAACGCUUAAUGUCAACACUGUGAGGGGCAAAGUCAGUGGAAAGAAAAUCCAGUGUCAGUUUGAUGCCACAGUACCAGACUCUUCUAGCACCACAACUAGAGCAGACACAAGCACUACAAGUUUCUCAAUGUCAGUCUCCAAUGGAACUUACAAUGCCACUUCCGAUGAUCUGGGGAGCCCUACUGCCCAAAUAAGAACUAAUGUGGUAGACCUGAGUAAUGUUACUGCCACCAUCACCAAUUUGGUUAGUUCCAACUCCACCAACACCACCACCACCUCUGCGGCUAAUGCAAUUACAAUCCAGCAAUCACUGAUGCAAGCUUUGCUGAUCACUGUUGGCAUCCUGACUCUGAGCUGGCUAUAAGGAAACUGAAACCUGCCCUACAUUAACAGAUUAAAACUUCCCUAUCCAACCAUGCUACUAUGUUUAAACUCACAGGUUUACUAUCAACAGUAUGUCCCAGACUGCUAUGAUUAAUUUUGUGUGAAAGGGUCACAUUACAAAUCAGAAGGACUGGUGGAGGGCAAUCAUUUUCAUGAAGCUUUUUUUUGACUGCUUUUACAAGCAGUUAGAGAUUUUGUUGGAAUCUUUUGUAGAACUCUUUAAAACGGUGUGGUAAGAUGGGGCACAACUGAAUUAUUAAGAGUAAACGAACACAUAGUUUGAAUUAAGUGAACCACAAUCACGGCUUUUACCAGUGUGUGCAAUUUAUGCACAUUUUGUGUAAAGGGUCUGGUACCCUUUAAACCCACAUUUUUAUUGCUAAGCAAAAACAUUUGGUGAGUUUAUGGUUACUUUGAUUAUUAAACUGCUAAACUGUGUAAAAAGAAACUGCUGGUAAAUUUAUCAAGACAUUUUGCCAAAGAGCUGAAGAACCAAGAGACUUUUGUUAACCAUUGUUUGCCUUUGUCUACCCUUAGAACACCAAAAGCAAAAUUCAUUUGCUGAUGAUGACAAUGAUGCCAGCAAAUGGCAGAGGUGCAUUUAAAGAAAAUUAUGUUCUGAUAAUAUAUUUCUAUUAUAUGUUGUUGAUAUGAAUGUUGGUUGUUCAGCAGUGCCUUUACGAUGAUGCCUUCAGUGGCUGAUGUUCACAUGUGUUGCUUGCUUUUUAGCAGCUGUUCACAAAUAAUGCUAUAUUUGGUACUACUGAAAAUGCUUGUGUAAUGAUUUUGAUGAUGUUUAUAGAUAAAUAUUUAUCAAUAAAUCAUUUUGUGUGUUUUCUGAUGAAUCUUACUA